AUGAGUGCAAGCUGUUGUAACGUUGAUCUUUGUAUCAUAGCAAUCGAUUGUGUUACAGCUCAUGACUAUGCUAAUUUCAAACGACAAUACAAACUUGGUGCCGAGUUGGGCCGCGGCGGAUUUGGUACCGUAUACUGUGGCUUUCGUAUGGCUGAUAAUCUUACAGUUGCCUGUAAAUAUGUUAUGCGAGCAAACGUUACGGAAUGGAUGGACGGACGAGUGGUGCCGCUUGAAAUAGUUCUAUUAAUGAGGUGUCGAGGCAUCCCAGGUGUCAUUCAAACGAUUGAUUGGUUUGAGCGACCGGAAGGUUACAUGAUUGUAAUGGAGCGGCCUAGCCCAUCCACGGAUUUGUUUGACUACAUUUCCGAAAGAGGUGCUCUUACGGAAAAUGUGGCUCGCGAUUAUUUUCGUCAGGUUGUGGACACUGUAUUGGCAUGUUAUCGUGUGAAUGUUAUUCAUCGCGAUAUAAAGGACGAGAAUCUGGUGGUAGAUAUGAAGAACGGUCUCGUUAAGUUGAUUGACUUUGGCUCUGGCGCAUUUCGUAAAGAGGGACCCUACACUGACUUUGAAGGAACUCGUGUCUACAGUCCUCCUGAAUGGAUUGAAGAAUCGCGUUAUGAUGGCCUCGAAGCUGCGGUGUGGUCUCUUGGUAUACUUCUCUUUGAUAUGGUCUGUGGAGACAUUCCUUUUCGCAAAGACUCCGAAAUCUGCAAUGGACAUUUGCAAUGGCGAAAUCAGCUUUCUGAAGAAUGUAAGGAUCUGAUUCGACAAUGCCUUGCUCGAGAAGGCUGCGAUCGUCCCACCUUCGAGGAAAUUCUCGAGCAUCCCUGGCUGCAAGUGCCAUCAGGAGGAGCUGGAGCUGCAAAGAACGAGUUGAAUGCUGGACGUCAUAAACUUGCCAGUGUCCCAGAUCGUCUAGUCACGGAGGCCCAGACUCAUGUACACCCAAGAGUCCCACUGACUGCAACACGAUCCGAUCAGUUUCUAGAUUGCUGUAGCAUCUGUCUCUUUGUCUCACCGUCUCCGAGUUUGACCCUUAAAUCUUUCUAUCCUGUUCUAUGUGCCGAAAUUUGUACAUACUCAUCUUUGUGCUACGCUCUCUCUUCCUUGGUUUUGUGUAUUUUCUUGUCCUUUAAUAAUUGCUUGUACAUAUCCCAUUCCUAA